AUGGAUAUUGAUGUACCUGUAACUCCAAAAAAUAAAGGAAAAGAAAAAGUUUUAAAUAUAACAGAUGAAUUAGACAAUUUACCUUGGGUAGAAAAAUAUAGACCACAAACACUUGAUGAUCUUGUUUCUCAUGAAGAUAUUACAUCUACAAUUGAAACAUUUAUUGACGCUAAGCGACUUCCUCAUUUACUAUUCUAUGGCCCUCCAGGCACAGGCAAGACAACUACUAUUCUUGCUUGUGCUCGAAAACUUUAUGGAGAAAAGUUUAAAGCUAUGAUUUUGGAAUUGAAUGCAUCAGAUGAUCGUGGUAUUGAUGUUGUUAGAGAACAGAUUAAAAACUUUGCAAGCACACGAAAUAUUUAUAGUUCUGGAUUCAAGUUGAUCAUUUUAGAUGAAGCAGAUGCCAUGACCAAUCAAGCACAAUCAGCACUACGUCGUGUGAUUGAAAAGUAUACAAAGAAUGUUCGCUUUUGUAUCAUUUGUAAUUAUGUGAGUAAGAUAAUUCCAGCUAUUCAAUCGCGUUGUACUCGUUUUCGUUUUGCACCACUGACUAUUGAGCAAGUGGAGUCUAGACUUCAAACCAUCAUUCAUAACGAACAUGUUAAUUUGACAGAGGAUGGUAAAAAGGCUCUACUUCGUCUUUCUAAAGGUGAUAUGCGUCGUGCUUUAAAUAUCUUACAAGCUUGUCAUGCUGCUUAUGAUCGAAUUGAUGAAGCUGCUAUUUAUAAUUGUACUGGACAUCCUCAACCUCGAGACAUAGAACGUAUUGCAAAAUGGAUGAUGACUGAAGAUUUUACAACUGCUUAUUCAAAUAUUGAAAAGUUAAAGAAAGAAGCAGGAUUGGCAUUACAGGAUAUUGUUAGUGAAGUUUAUAAUUAUGCUCGUCUGGUUGAGUUCCCAGCAAAAUCACGGAUACUUUUAUUACAAAAUUUAGCAGAUAUAGAAUAUAGAUUAGGCGAAGGUGCGAAUGAACAGAUUCAAUUGAGUGCGCUUGUAGGAACAUUUAAAUUAGCUCAAGAGAAUAUUGUAGCAUAA